AUGAGUCUUACUUUAUUAAAUAAGAAAUACCAAGCAUUGAUGCUUCGAGAAAAGUAGAUCGAAGAUCAUUUUGAUCCAGUUGUCAGACACAAGAAACAACAUCAUAAUAUCGAAGAUCUUCGUUAAGAUUAUUAAGAAGACUUAGAGAACUAUGGUAUUUACCCAUUCCCAUAUUCUUUAAGGGUUUUCUAAAUAAUCAUUCAAAGCCAAAAAAGAAUAAGAACUAGAAAACAUCUAAAUAACUCCUGAAAAAUCACUUAGACCGAUGACUGCUCUAAUCUCACCUGUCCAGAGCUCAUCACAAAGAUAAAGACCCAUCACAGCCCCUGGUCUCAAUACAUAAACCAAAUAAAUGAUGAAAAUUGACGAAAAUGAAGAAAUGCUUUAAUUGCCAUAUCAUUCGGAGACUAAAUAUUGGAGAAACACAAAAAAAUAUGAUAAAAGUUCAUAUUAAUUAUUAUUAAUUAGCUAAUUAGAAUGUUGUUAGGAAUCAUUCAGCCUUGAAAAAAGUAUCACUGGGAGGCGAUUGUGAAAAUUAUAAUAUUGAAGAACAAGAAAUCAAAAAUCAUAAUUUGAUUGAAAAAUAAAUUAUUAAAAAUCGUUUGCUCUCGCCGACUUUUGUUUCGCAAAGGCAUUAAAUUAAUGAUAGAGAUGUCUAAUAAUUAACCGAAGGGUUUUAUCAGCAUGUAGCUUUAAUAAAAGGCACUUCUAAAAAUUAAAGUCACAAUAAUAAACCACAACCUGGUUUCUAAUUAUACGAUAACCUACUCGAUUUGAUGAAACUUAUUAAUCAAGAAAACUCUAACAAAAGCCCAAUAAUUACUAAAACUUCCUCAUAAGGAUUCAGACCAUAAACUGGAGUAAGCAGGCAAAUCAAAAGCUAAUAACACACGAGACCUUUCAGCAGCAAAAUUCAAACUGUAGGUGUUCGAGCAUUUUAAUAAUGAAACAUAUUUUCUC